AUGGGCUGUUCAAAAGCUUUCCUCAUUUCGGAGACAAAGAGGGAGAAGGAGGAACAGAUCUCUGGCCAGUUGUCCCAGAUCGCGGUGGCCCAUGAUAAGGCAUCCCCUCGUAACAGCCCCAUGAUGCACGCAAUUUUUGAUCUGUCCGAGCUGUACGUACGUGGCUGUUGCUCAAAAGCCAGAGAGCACUGCAGUGCAUCGGAUAGGAACAACUGCGGAGGAAUGAGCCGCGAUUCCAUUGACGACAGAUUGACAUUUGUUAAGCGACCGGACGAGAUCACAGGAGAUGAUGACCCGAAUGUUUACAGAGUGGAAAUGUCCUGUGGACACGCUGUGGAUCCCAUUUCACUCAUGGAAUGGUGUCGGAUCCGUAUCAGUGAGGGUCAUUUCAAAUUCCACUGCCCUGCAGUAAUAGAUGGGACAAAUGAAGGAUGUGGAAAGGAAUGGUCCUACAUGGAGGUAUGCAGACAUGCAUUGCUCUCUGUUGAGGAACGACAGGAUUUUGAAGAGAAGCUUGCCACUCUCGCCGCUUCAAGUUACUGUGACUACAAACAGUGUCCUAGGUGUGGGAGUUACGUGGAAAGAAAAGAUGAGAUGAACAUGUCAGUGACUUGUUCAGUCUGCACAGCCAACGAUGGAAUCCCUUUUGAAUUUUGCUGGCAAUGUAUGAAGGAGUGGAAAGGCCCAGCUCCGCGAUCUGAUAAAUGUGAUAAUGAAGGAUGCAUUAAUAUCCAGCUGGAAACCUUGAAGAACUGUGACACAAAAACUUUACCUUACAGCAAUGUUCAAAAUUGUCCAAAAAUCCGUGCUUGUCCCACGUGUGGGUUGCUUAUAGAACAUAAAGAUAAGUGCAAAUAUGUAGUGUGCGUCAGAUGCCAUGUGGAAUUUUGCUUUGCCUGCCUUAACACAAAGGCAAUUUGCAGUGAAUCAUCUGAGUAUUCUCUUCAUUGUGCUAUAUCUGUAGCCCCAAGGCAAACAAAUAUUCCAGUGUGGAAUCAUACUCAAGUUCAGAACGCUUGCACCUUGGCGGCUUCUGCCUUAGCUCUUGCAUGGGCAGCCUUAGUUGAUGAUGCCCUGCUGCCCCUGUGGUUGGAUGGCAACAACUUGAUGCUGGAUCAAGUCGUUCCCCAGAAGGACAUCCACGCCUUCCCCCGGCAACUCCGGCAGGACCCCCAGCUCCACUGGUCCCGACACCAACUCACAAUCUAG